AAAAAGUUCACAUGCUUGUUGACUUGUUGUUGUGGCUAUAAACUUGUUGGCAAGAGAGAGAUGAGGCCUUAAAAUUACUUGUUUAACGGUUGUUAGCUGCCAUUUGUAAUGGCCAAUUACAACGGGAUUGUUAAGUGUGGGAAUAUGGAGUUAAAACUGCCCAGAAAACAACGCAAAGUUUUGAAAAAGGUACGCAAAUUCGGCAAACAAAAUGAACAAAUAUGGCGGUAAAAUGCUUGUAAUAUUGUGUUUGUAAAAAGAGCGACCGAACAAGACAAACAAAACUUUACUUGUUCCAAAACUUGUAUUAUAUUUGAUAAUUCUGCCUUAUUCGACAGCCUAACAGGUUUAAUAUAUUAUUGAAGACUUGAAACAUAAAAUCUCUGUGACAUAUGUUUGUUAUAAAAAUCAUAAAAUGGACUUUUAAAUAUUGGCCGGUAGCAAUUAUGGAAUACCAGACCAAUUGAAAACUUCACUGUUUUUCUAACAGUAAAAAUAAUUAAAAAAGACAAAUUUCCAUAUUAUUUAAUACCAGAAAACUCAGUCUGGAACGUUAACUUUUGAAUUUCGGACAUCGAUUCCGACACAUGUAAAUCUUCGCCAAUUUUGGAAAUAUAAAUGUGCAAAAUUCCAAAUACACCUUUAACCUAUUUAGUGGCAGCAGUCUCCCCCUGAUGACUAAAAUUGUCUGGCAUUAAACAGUAAAAUAAUAAAGUAGGGUGCAUCUUGGUGCAUUGCCACUUAAAGGGUUAACAGGUACAUGCAUGGGCACAUAGUCUGAUUAACUCAUUGAGUGGCGGCACUCUCCCCCUGGCGAGUAAAAUCGUCUGGCGUUAGGCAGAGUAAAAUAGUAAAGUUGGGUGCAUCGGGGCACAUUCCCACUUGAAAGGUUAAAGUAUAAACCUAUUUGGUCCAAAUUUGUACAAUUAAUUUGUACAAGUAAUUUGAACAAUCACUAGCUAGCAGGGCUAGCAUAGAGGGAGAACAAAAUGCCGUGGAUCAUUGCUGCAACGACGGCAAUUUUUUGCCGUAUAAUGCAAUUUUUUGCCGUAUAAUGCAAUUUUUAUACUAUUCACUGAAUGUGCAUAAUUACUAUUUUGAUACUUGAAUUCAGAUGUUGAUCAAAUCAUGCGUAAAUCACUAUUUUAGUCUCAGUUUUCUUCGAAAGAAAAAAAAACACUAAAGAAAUAUGUAGACAUUUUCUAGCUUGUCAGAAAUCCAAGGUAACAAUAAAAUUAAAGUUAUAAUUAUUACAGUAAUUUGAAAAAAUGCCGUGGAAACUGUCAAAAUUGCCGUAGACAGCUGUUACGUUCUACAGCAAUUUUUAAUGCCAUUGCUGUCGAUUGAUUUCAAGGGAAUUUCGAGGCCUGCUAGCUAGUCUAUGUAUAAACAUAUGUAUGCCAAAGUUUGUGUUUAUACACCGGACAAGUCCGACAUACGCACUUUACAUUCCAGAAAACUUCAGAUUGAGAGGGAUGAAAAGUGCCUGACUGGAAAGUUUGGAAAUUGUGCAACCAAGAUUUCGGACAUUUAAGUUGUAACCACUUGCCUUGCCCGGCGAAAGUGAAUAUCAUAAUGGGAAAGUAAACGUUUUGUCUUGCUUGUCUGAUUGGGCAAGUUUUAGUUGCCUUGCCACAAAAAGCUGGACAUCUUUAAGUUUAUGUUCUUUUCAUUGUCGGGUAUAAAUUUUUUAUUAAUAGUGCAUGUACUUGAUUCAAAUUUUGCAGAAUUCUGAAGCAGUAUAACAUAGCCAUAUAGAGCAUUGGGAGAAUGAGUCGUUGGUUGACAUGUUGUCCCCUUAAUUUAUACCCCCUACCUAGGUACACCAGUGGCCAUUGUCUGAUGGCAAGUGAAUUUUAUUCGGGGCAACUAAUUUUCAUGUCCAACUUGUCCUGAGAGCAAGUGGUCAAAAAAGUAAAGCUACACCACUGCAAAAAGCAUCAAAAUUGCACGCCCGAUAUCUUGGGUCCGAUAUUUCAAUGUACAGACCUCGCGUUCGGUUAGGCCUAAAAAAAUACCUGACAAGUGUGGUCCCGGUUUCAUAUCGUGAAAAAAUUAGGGUCGGUAGGUCGGAAAUAAUUUUUUUCUGAGUAUUUUUUUCAUUGUUUUGGCAGUUUUUUUCUGGGCGAUUUGUAGUAGAGUCCCGACAUCAAUAUUAACUAGAGAUGCGUAGUUACUAUGGGCAAAUUUAGGCAAUUUGGUUCUUAUCAAUAUUAGUGUGACAACAGACACCAUUUUGGCAUGCUGUAUGAGCAGCCCACAAACACCUGGAGAAAAUAGAGUUGCAGGGUCAAUCGCAUUGAAAAGAUAAUAGGGUCGGCAGAAAAAAAUAGGGUCAGUAGGGAACCGGAACCACAGGGUUUUUUUUUUUAGGCCGGUUACCGGUAAUAAGAAAGUUAUAAUUUUCAAUUAUUUAGUUUUGCUGUUUUGUUUUAAAAUGCAUGUGUUUGUUUUUGCACAAUGGACUGCCAGUCCAUUACAGGAAAAUAAUGGAGCUGUAAGUGCUUCUCGGCAUCAACUAUUUCGCUGACCUCAGAAUGACAUUUUGUAAAAACUUUUUUCUUCAAGAUAAUUGGUUUAGAAACAAAUUUAGAGUAGGGUUAGGGUAAGGAUUAGUUUUAAGGCUAGAGUUGGUGUUUGGAAUAGGGUUAGUGCUAGUAAAACCGUUGCUUUGUUACGUUUUGUCACUCUGAGGCCAGCGGAAUAAUCUCUUCUGUGCUUCUCAGGCAACCACAGUUUGCCAUUUCACCGGAAGUGAUGCUUAAUUGCCGUAUAAUAAUAAUGUUUAAUUUGUUAUUGGAUCUAUCAGAUAUUAACAAUACAGUUUCACCAUUAACAAACUUUUGUCGCUGCAGGCUUGGAAAAAGAAGUGGUUUGUUUUGCGUCGUCAAACAUCAGGUGGCAGUGCUAGGUUGGAAUACUAUCGUAGUGAGAUGACGUGUUUGAACGGUCAAUGUAAACAUUGGAUCCCACUCAAGGAUAUCACUUCUGUGGCUGAAGGAAAAUCGUCACGAACUCACACAAAUAUUUUCGAAGUAAUUGUGGGCAAAAAUAGAUAUGUUUUUUCGGUCGACUCCCUUACCGAGCGAGCUGAAUGGAUCUCAAUGAUAAAGGACAUUACGUUGCCUAAACAAAUGUGUACGUUGCAAAGAAAUGAGUACGAAAAUGGUGGGUUGCACGGUUUUAAAGUAUUAUUUCAAUAGAUAUUUCCAGGUAUAGACGAAAUUUUGAUCUAGACAAGAAGAAUGAAACCAUUACCAUAGCUGGAAAGAGCAUCUUAGAAUGAGUAAAAUUGUAAAGUUUGGUUGCGAAUUGUUGUAAAAUGAAGAAAAUAUAGCCCUGUGAGGUUCGCAAAUUUUGUAUAUAUUUGCAUUACGUGCGGGAAAAAAUAACUAUUUUUAGCCGAAAGUGGUUAUUUUUACCGCGCGUAAUGCAAAUAUCUACAAAAUUUGCGAACUUCACAGGGCUAUAUUUACUUAGCCUGCGAACAGGCUCUCAAGCUGAAUUGAGAGCCUGCAUCGAUGACUAAUGAAAUUGAAUAUCUGCCCCGUAACGUUCGUUUUUCGAAAUAUGGAAUGUCUAUCCUUAUAUGGUGUUGUUUACAAGUUUCAUGCAAACUAAAUUUAGACCGUGCAAACUAAAUUUAGACCGUGCAGUUUAUACUGUUUUUCGAAAUAUAAGAUAUUCAAGCAAAAGUUCAAAUGUUUUAAAUACUGUUUUCUCAAAACAGAACAUUUCGUGCUUUGAGAAAGAUGGCCAAGACCAAUUUGAUCAGUUAAUGUGUUUUUUAUGCAUAGUGCUUCAGCAGUUGACAUAUAUAGAGCUCAGCGGAAACAUAUAAAUUAUAGCAUCUGACCAAUGAGAAUUUCGCGUCACGAUUUGAGACGCAGAUAUCCAAAUUCAUUAGUCAUCGAUGCAGGCUCUCAAUUCAGCUUGAGAGCCUGUUCGCAGGCUAAUAUUUACUAAGUCAUUUUACAACAUUAAAAAAGUACAAAACAAUGGGACACUCCAAAAACAGUUAACAAUUUAAUUCGACGUUUUGACUAUCUUGCAGUCAUCACCAGGAAUUUAAUUUGUACAGUAUUUCUUAAAAUUACUCAGUGGUUACCAUAACUUACAACAUUUUAAUUUAGCAACCAAUCUUCGUAGUUUUACUCAUUCUAUAAGGCGCUCUUUCUAGCUGUGGUGUUGGAUUUCUUUCUUCUUGCCUUGAUCAAAAUUUAGUCUAUAACUGAAAUCACCCAUUGCAGUUUACACUAGUGUACAGUUUAUUAUUAUUACAACUUUUUCAAAGUUGCGCGGCCAGGCCGAAAAUAACUGGAGUUGCCAUGAUGUCAGUUUGCUGUCACACAGUCACGAAGUUCAAAUUGUUUACAACUUUGAGUUCUGUGAUUCGUUAUCGAUGUCAUGCAUUGUAUGCUUUAUGUAAAAGUUUAGAAGGAUUUCCAAGAUAUAAUAGUGAUAGUGAUAAUUACUGGAAAAUUUAAGCACAACAAAAUGAUAUUACCGGUGCUAUUAUAGUCCAGCAUAAAUUAAAUUCCAGCACAGUUAAAUUCUUAAAUUAUGAGUUAAAUUGUUCUUUGAAACUUUGAAAGUGAUUCACAACACAGGUUUUUGUUAUGAUGGUCUGUUGUUUCUUUCAGUUUAUACAGUACAGUACAUAUCUAGCUCAUUUUGGCUCAAUAGUCUUCUUUAGGUGUUAAAAACUGUUUAAAAAGUCUUUUGUUUAUGUUUGUGCUAUAUUUUAGCUGUUCGCAUGACAUAAAACUGACAUUAGAGCAGAUAUUAUACCAGUAUUUUCGAGUAAGUCGCGUAAUUAUGAAAAUUGGUAUACUGUAAACCUGUACUGGGUGUACUGUAAACCUGUACUGUUUACAUUUUGUCGUGACGAUCGUGGUUGUAGCCUGCUUGCAGCCUGCAGAAUUUGGUCCAAAUUCAGCCUGCCGAUUUGGAAAGUUAACGUGUACAGUAUAGUGACCUCACACUCAACCCGAAAAUUAGUAGUGCUCAUUGAUUGGUUAAAGAGUCAUUGUCAACCACAAUGCAUUGUGCGCCCAAACCUGCCUGGCGGCCAUUUUAAUGGCGGAAUAAUAGAUGUUUCGGUUUUCAAUCCAUAAUAUAUUACUACUAUCCUAUGGUUAUACUUGCUCAUUUUAACUCUUAAUUUAGCAGGUCACACAAUUGGCUCGACUUAAUUCACUGUUACAAACGACAACUUUGCUAUUUUUCCCUAUAUGUAUUGUAAUUUUUUGCAGAAAAAUUUGAGCUCUAAACGCAGAUUCCUAGAAAGAAAAUAACUUUUUUCACUGUCAAAGUUACUUAUUCAACUGUCUUCUAUUUUUAGAGCUAUUUCAAGUAACAGUAAUGAACACGAAAGAUUCCGAGCGCUUACAGAUAGUUGGUGAUUACUAUUUGAGUGUUGAGCCAAAGUUUUUAUGUCUUCUUGAUAUUAAAACUGGUGCAAUUACCACGCAGUGGAAUCUUCAGUAUUUGCCAAGAUUCAAUUUAAGAAAAGUUUCGAAACUACAAGAUCUUGAUAUGAUCCUGGUUAUCUGGGCAUCAAGGUAACUGUUUUUAAUUAAUUUAUUAAUUCACUAACCCAUUCAUUCUUAAAUUACAGCCAAGUUGAUAAUGAAUAAUAAGUAUGAUCCAAAUGGUACAUACCUUUUACAUCAUGGGAAUCUCGUUUAUAUAAGAAUACAAAUUCUUAAAUUAAGACAAUGCAAGAAUAUGCUAAGAAUCUGCUAAAAUACUAAGGUUUUGUCAAGAGCAUAAUUUUUUAGAUACAUGAGUAGGAUAAUAAUUAUAAAAUCAUAAUAUUUCACAAAAUGUUUUUUUGCAUGGCGAAGCUAGACAAUCGUACAGUAGCAUGAAGUCAUGCAACUGGUAUUCAGUUUGUACUAGAGCAAGUAUAUGCUACUGUAUGCGGCAACGAUAAAAAACGACUAAAAAUCUUGAAUUAUUGCACUCUGGGUCCCACCAUGAACCACGACCAAAGCUUGAUGAUCAUUUCCCUAUCAGAGCUGGCUGGAUCCAUCCGGGUUUCACAAGUUAUUUGUUGCAUAUUACUUUAAGUGUGCGAAUAAAACAAGCCAGAAGCUUAUAAAUUGAUCAUUACUUUUGACUGUAUUUUUAUAAAUAUUUAUUAAUUUGCCAGGGAUUGUAAGAGCAGGCAUGGUGAAUAUCACUUUCUUACUCGCCAAGGAAAGGAAAUCAUGACUGCGAUCAAGAUGGAAACAUGUCGUUUAGCAACGGAAAAAAUAGAGAUGUCUGACGAAUCAGCUAGGUCAGCCUCACAGAACGAUCAAACAAACAGUACAACCAAAGAUGAAUCACAAGUGUUACGAUCGAUUUGACAUAACUGAACUAUGCAAUUUAUUAUCAUGUGGAGAAAGGUCAUGCAGUAAAGGGGCGAAUUAUGGUGAAAAUGGCUUAAAGUGCUGUUAACACACUAGGAGAUGAGGGUGGGGGCUACCUUUCCUACCCAAAAACGUAUGUAUACUUGGGCUGCGCUAACCCUGAAAUCCUGAUGGCUAAUAAUUACAUUCAAUUUUAGUCAAAAAGUCUUGAUGAGAUUUGAGAUUGCAUGCACUGAAGACUGAGACGUACAUCGGGAAUAUGUUGAUAACCGAAUUUGCGCCCCCAGUAUUUCGUAAUCUGUCCGUUACUGUUGACUGUUGUCAUUAAAACGUUAAUAUAUCAAGAACAGAACAAGGUAUAUUUUAGGAAAGGCUAAAUGUUGAGUUGGUCUAUUUACAAAAUUAUCUCCCCCGAGACCAAAAUUAGAUACAGUCACACGUUGCUGUAUGACAGUGCCACUUUGUAUUUCUGGUAAUAUGUGAAGGAAGAAUCCGUCGAAAUGGGGCUUUUUUAUGCAGCUGGGUACAAAAAACUUAUUUCUCAUAGGAUAAAAUAUGUCGUGAGCAUGUUGUGCAUAUUAGUUCACAACAAUUCCGUGCUGUUGCUUGAUCACAAUUCUGAGGUGGGCAUCUCUUUGCUUCGUCCUGACUGUCAGUCAAACAGAUCAAGAGACGUAUUUAACAACAAUUCGGUUUAAUUAUAAUUCGUUUAAUCAAUGCAGGAAUGAAUUCUACCGACUACAUUUACAUCAAUAUGUUUCGUCAGUCCAUGUGUCUAUAUUGUCAAAACGAUUCAAAACAAAAAAUUACACAAAUGAAAUCAUAUGAUCAUAUAAUUAACAUAUCCUUCAUAUUUCGCUUAAAGCCUGGUUCACACUAGCAAUUUUGUCGGCGAUUUUGUGUUUUUGACGGAUGCAAAUGAGUGAACUCUCGCACAAAAGUAUAGAGUCGCUUUUCAGAAGUAAACAAUUCUAAGUCUUUUGCAUGCCAUUCAUUCGAUCGCAUUUGCCAGGAGGAGAAAAAUCGCCGGCAGAAUUGCUAGUGUGAUGCAGCUGAAACAAUGAUUAAGCAAGCAUAGCAAGAGGCAUGUUGACAUCAAUCAAGCCAUUAAUGUCUUUCCUAACUUGAAAAUAUGCGUGUUUCGGAGUAGAACCACCAGCCGGAACUUUCACACGGCGCAAUCUGCCGUAGACAGCAAAAAACCUGGUAUUCACUUUGAAGUGAAGUCUUCCAUUUUGAUAAGAGACGAUCGUCACUCCGUCCUUGAAGCUGCUAGAUGGGGUCUGUGGAUAAAUAUCCCAACCAUAAGGAUAGUUGAAGCCAGGCAUGGGAACUUUGUCCAAGGAGACAUAACCCAGACUGCUUUGUAAAUCUUGAACGGUCGAUGAUGGAAGAACGUCCUUAUUGAAUCCAAUACUGAUGUAAAUUGGUCCGUCUACGGACUCUGACUCGUGCGUGAAGAUGGGACCAUAUUUUGAGGCUCCAGGAUAAUCCAUUUCAUUCAGACCACCAGAGGGAUCAGAAGGAUCUUCCCUCAACCUGAUAUCAAGUCUGUAUUGGAUCUUUUUCAAAUACUUUUCAACCUUGGACUUGGCCUGUUGUUUUGUAAUAUCUAAGGAUAUAAAAUUAUGCCUUAAUCACCAGUAGACGUCGAAUGUUGUGGCCUAUAUAGGAGACAAGUUAUGCCAAAGUCACGCGCGGAUAUAGUAUGUACUCUGAAGUUUGAAAAUUUACGCACAUAUAUACCUAUACGAAAAAGUAGACAAUUUUAAAAUGAUCAUUUAAAUUGAAAUUUCGGCAUC